UAUAAGCGGGCUUGUCAGAUGUCACAACGGGGGUUACUGUUGUGCUAGGUAGCUAGCCUGAGUAAUAUCAGGCGCCGUUUUAUAUAUAUAUAUAUUUUUUUUUUUCCUAAACUCGAGUUUUCUAUUUCUACUAUUUGGCUAAUGUUGGAUAGACCAGCAUGGAUUUCGACGAAUUGUUUAGUGAACGAACAUUUCAGUUUUCUGACUUUCAGGAGUUUACGUUUCUUCCUGGACAUCAGAAACUGUCAGAGAGAGUGCGGAAGCGAUUGUACUAUGGCCUGGACCAAGACGGGUCUCCAGAUUCCCUUUCCUGUCCUGUUACAGAUAUUGCUGUGGAACUCCUUCAGAAAUCUGCCCCGAGCCCAAUUCGAAAACUGCACAAGAAAUAUGCCGCUCAUGUCGCGAGGGAGGCGUGCAUCUCUCCAUGUGCCAUGAUGUUGGCCCUGGUCUACAUUGAAAGGCUACGACACAGGAACCCCGAAUACCUGCAAAAGAUCUCCUCCUCGGACCUCUUCCUUAUCUCCAUGAUGGUUGCCAGCAAGUAUUUGUACGACGAAGGGGAGGACGAGGAGGUGUUCAACGACGAGUGGGGGGCAGCUGGGAAACUGGACGUCCAGACUGUCAACACCCUGGAGAUGAAUUUCCUCGACGCCAUUGAGUGGAGCCUCUUCACUGAGCCCGGGGACUACUUUGGCAUACUGAAUCAACUCGAAACUAGUAUUGCAGAGAAGCAGGGGAUGAAGCGAGGCUGGUUCACCUACACUGACCUCUGUGUGCUGCUGGAGCAGGCGGCCUGGCGACAGGCUCUGACGGCCAUCUACCUGCACUUUGCCAAGGUGACCUGCAUGCUGGGGCUGGUGUAUCUGACCAGUGUCGCGGGCCUUAUCGCCACCAGCCUCCCCAGGAGCAGCCAGCCCCUGGCCCCAGUCCGCCAAGUCCACCUGCUGAGCUCCAGCCUCUCUCCACCUCCACUAGGCCUGCUCCCAGUCCCAGAGACAACCAGUCCAGCAUCCGACCGACCUCGCUGCUGCGUCUUGGGCAACGACAGUCACAACCGCCGGCCUGGCACUCUGCACACCCACGACGACCACAACCACGGCUCGCCAACCUCCUCCCAGACCUCUAUACUGUGUCUAUGGGGCUCUAUCCUCACUUCGCUAAGCCACACUGACCCCCACCCCCAGCCUGACACUGAACCAGCCUUGUCCGCCUCCUCUCUGCACUGCCCCGGCUGCCAGGUUACAGUGGGGAGCCUCCCUCCUGGCUCCAUCCAGUGCGGCCCACAUAACACCUCUGCUCCGCUACUAGAGCCUGGACACCCUGGCCACCCGGCAGCACCGUGGCUGGCCCCUGCCCCCCUCCUCUACGGAGCUGCCCCGAUGCUCCUGGACUCCCGUCUGACUGGCAUGGCACCGCUCUGUGUCGGACCCUGCUGCCCACAGUUCAUGCUGCCCAUCGAGAAAGCCCCAUCUCUCCUCAUGCCCAGCUAGACGCAGACGGACAAAACAAGCCACUAUCGUUACCCUUCAAUGACGAUGACGCCGGACUCCAAAUGAAACCAGCUGGUUUUUCAGAAUGCAUCCGUUGCAGUGAAAGGAAAGUGACAUUUUGUUUUGUAUGUGCUUUUUUUUUUUUUUUUUUUUUUUUUUUUUUUUUUGCAUAUACUGUCUAAAUUUGAGAUAAGGGCCCCUAAAGGUGAGUAGCACAUUUUUGUACAGUGGUUUGCCAGCUGAAUUGGUGUAAAUAAGUAAGAUGACCUCAUAACAGCGUGAGAUCUGAGUUCUGUGCUCAGGCACUUAUCUUUUCUAAUGUUUAUUUUUCAAAGGUUGGAUCACGCAGCUUUUCAAUGGGUGUUUCUAGAAGGUGUGUACACGGCAAACUAAUAUUUCAUGUGUGGUUUAAAAAUACACAUGUCUAAGCAUGGCUACCAUACACAGUGUUUGUUCCUACCUAAUCUUUAGCCUGGGUACCAGAUGUGUUUGUGGAAUGAUGGAACAAACAGACUGGUACCCAGGCUACCUACACUUUACCUAUGUUUGAAAAUGGGGGGGAUUGUGGUGGUUGGGCUAAGUCAUGUUAGAUGGAAGAGUUCAGUUUUGAUGUGACUUUAUAGCCAUUUGAGAAUGUUGAGAAAGUAAGUUGUCUCCACAAAAGCAAGGCUGCUUUCUAAGUCAGUACUUUAAGAAGGGAGUCAAUUUAGCCUGGUGCCAGAUCUUUUUGUGCUCUUGCCAACUCUUGCUCUCCUUGUCAAGCCAAACAUUGCAUGACAAUGAGCGAGUGACAAGGAGUUGGAUUGUUGGCACAUACAGACUUGCACUCAAGCUAGAGACAACUAGCUUGCCUACAUUUGAUUUGCCAUGGAGUCUUUGGGUCCUUCUUUUUCUCAGUUAUUGCAGUUAUUUUUAAAAUGUUAACAUAUUUAUGCUUUUUUGGGGGUUUGUUAAUAAUAACUAGAUCAGCAAAGCCACAGAUGGCUACUGGUCCCUGCACUGAACAACAGAGAUUCAAUUAUUUGUAUUAUUCCUGUGGGGGGAAAAAAACAUUAAAUUCAUAUCAUAUUUCAAGUAACUAUUUAUUUUACCAUGACAGAAUGCAGUGGCUCUAUCUGAUUUCAUGUUUUUCCAACAGAAUGCAGUGGCUCUCUCUGAUUUCACGUUUUUCCAACAGAAUGCAGUGGCUCUCUCUGAUUUCACGUUUUUCCAACAGAAUGCAGUGGCUCUCUCUGAUUUCACGUUUUUCCAACAGAAUGCAGUGGCUCUCUCUGAUUUCACGUUUUUCCAACAGAAUGCAGUGGCUCUCUCUGAUUUCACGUUUUUCCAACAGAAUGCAGUGGCUCUCUCUCUGAUUUCACGGUUUUCCAACAGAAUGCAGUGGCUCUCUCUCUGAUUUCACGUUUUUCCAACAGAAUGCAGUGGCUCUCUCUCUGAUUUCACGUUUUUCCAACAGAAUGCAGUGGCUCUCUCUCUGAUUUCACGUUUUUCCAACAGAAUGCAGUGGCUCUCUCUCUGAUUUCACGUUUUUCCAACAGAAUGCAGUGGCUCUCUCUCUGAUUUCACGUUUUUCCAACAGAAUGCAGUGGCUCUCUCUCUGAUUUCAUGUUUUUCCAACAGAAUGCAGUGGCUCUCUCUCUGAUUUCACGUUUUUCCAACAGAAUGCAGUGGCUCUCUCUCUGAUUUCACGUUUUUCCAACAGAAUGCCACACAACUGAAAUGGGUCAUAACCAGUCUACUGUUUCCUGUUGUUUUUUGUUUUUUUAAAUAAGAGUUUUGAAUACGAUGGCGCCUGACAUCAAACAUGAUUGUUUUGGAAAUGUAUUUAAUGAUUGCAAUUUUCAUCCAAUAACCUUUUCAUGGAAACCUAACAUCCUCAUAUGGGUGAGUUGUAAUUGUGCAAAACACAAUUUUUCAUUAAAAUUUAUUUUAUUUUAUUUUAAGAUCUGUUUUUGCAAUUAAUUAGUAUCCCUCUUUAACAUACCCAUUUGGUCGGGGAGACCUGACCAACAGUAAAAGUCACUCAUACACCAUUUUGUCUUAUUUUCCAUUUUUGAGCAGGAAGAGGUCUUCUUUCUGCAUAGAAAUAGAAUUCCUCGAAUGGGGAUAUCCAUUCUUGAAUGGGGAUGUAAAUUCUAAGUCAUACUGUUUCUAUGUAUCUCAUCCUGGAAAAACAGUUAGCACUUCUCAUAUUUUUCUACUCAAGAUAGUUUCUUGCUAGGGAAUUUAUGAUUAUUUAAACAUUUGACUUGGUUUUACAUUGACACGUUUCUAAAUAAAACCUUUUUCAAAUCGGACUGAGAUUUUGAAGCAUGAAAUCCUUUAAUUUUGUAAACAAUGUACAAAACAUUCAAUGUGUAGAAAUCUGUAAUAAAAUGUUUGAACCUUAAAA